AUGGUGACGACAACGAUUAUGAAAGGCCCUAAAGGACUUGGUUUCACAUUGAUCGGAAAUGACGCUUCCAGUAAAGGAAAUGAGUUCAUACAGGUCAAAUCGGUGCUGCCAGGAGGUCUAGCUGCUGAAGACGGAGUUCUGCAACCAGGUGAUGUACUGGUGAGGGUGAAUGGCGAAUUGUUGCUAGGUGCUUCUCAAUCGGAUGCCUGUCGAAUUUUCGUCAAUAUACCCGUUGGCGACCCGGUUGCUAUACAAGUCUGUCGAGGCUAUCCGCUCAUGUUGGACCCCUCUAAUAGGAUAAUCACCGAAAAUGUUUAUCAAACGGGUGGCAAGAGUCGGGAUCUUCACGAAAUCGAAAUCAUCAAAGGAUCGGAAGGAUUCGGUUUCACGAUUGCCGACAGUGCUACGGGCCAGCGAGUGAAAAAGAUCCUCUAUCCGGAGCAAUGUGCAAAUCUUCUCGAAGGUGAUACAAUUGUUGAGCUGGAUGGGCGUAAUGUUCGAGCUGUACCCCAUACGCAACUUGUCGACAUGCUCAGGGAAUGUCCAGUUGGACAUCGAGGGCGGCUCGUAGUCCGACGAAGUUCGCCGAAGCACAGGUGA